CAGGGCUCUCUCUUCGCUUCCUAUUGGCCGUGUCUGGAGGGGCGGAGCUUCGCGGGCGGCGUCACGUGCCCCCGAGGCGGUCGCGUGGCGGCUCUUGAGCAGCACGCGGCGCGGCCCGGAGCGCGAGCGGGCUUGCUGGCAGACUUGUCUGGGGCUCUGACAGAGGCGAAGCACAGGGACUACCCAGAAGAACACAGGCAAAUCAGAAUCACUCCUCUCCUGCAGCAAUGGGUUGGCUGGAAGCAUCAAACUGGCAGCUUCACGUUUCCUUGAUCGUGCUACUCUCCAUACACAUGAAAGGUGCCUUGUUUGAACCAGUUGUUGAUCCACAUGUAACAGCAGUUUGGGGGAAGAAUGUCACCCUGAAAUGCAUAAUUGAAAUAAAUGGAACAAUAACACAAAUCUCAUGGGAGAAGAUGCAUGGUAAAAGUAAACACACCAUUGCUGUUCAUCAUCCUAAAUAUGGGUUUACUGCUCGAGGAGACUACCAAGGAAGAGUGUCACUUAAGAACUACUCACUUACUGAUGCAACUAUCACCCUAAACAAUAUAAGCUUCUCUGAUUCAGGAGAAUAUAUAUGCAAAGCAGUUACAUUCCCACUAGGAAAUGCUCAGUCAUCAACAACUGUAACUGUAUUGGUUGAACCCAUUGUGAGCCUAACAAAGGGACCAAACUCUUUAAUAGAUGGUGAAAAUCAGACAGUAGCAGCCAUUUGUACAGCAGCCACUGGAAAACCUGCUGCAGAUAUUGAUUGGGAAGGUGGUCUUGGAGAAGUGGAAUCCAGUUCUACUUUAUUUCCAAAUGAAACCGUGACAGUUGUCAGUCAGUACAAACUCAUACCCAUCAAAUUUUCCAGAGGAAGACUCAUAACUUGUGUUGUGAAGCAUCCGACUUUGGAAAAGGAGAUGAGAUAUCCUUACACAUUGGACAUACUAUAUGCCCCUGAAGUUUCAGUAACUGGGUAUGAUGGAAACUGGUUCAUUGGAAGAGAGCAUGUUCAGCUCCAGUGUAAUGCUGACGCAAAUCCACUGCCCACGGAAUUUACAUGGACCAGGUUGGAUGGGCAAUGGCCUGAAGGUUUAAUGUCUUCAAAUAAUACUCUGCAUUUCAACAGUCAGUUGACUUACAAUUAUACUGGGACUUACGUCUGUAAGGUGACCAAUUCCCUUGGACAAAGAAGUGAUCAACAGACGAUCUACAUUUUAGAAUAUCCGGGGAAUGAGACUGCUGUUUUAGAGGAAUUGGUGUUUGGAAGUGGAGAUACCCUUGAACUUUCCUGUAACACCCAGGGCUCUUCCAUGUCAGUUUUCUGGUUCAAAGAUGGCAUUCGGAUUGCACCUACCAACAGAUCUCAUAUUGGACAAAAGCUGUUGAAGAUCAUUAAUGUGUCAUCUGACGACUCUGGGCUGUACAGUUGCAAGCCACGGCAUUCCAGUGAGGUUCUGGGUAACUUUACAGUCAGAGUAACAGAUUCUCCAUCAUUGGUUGUUGGUGGUGGUGAUGAGUCUGAAGAUACAGGUGAUGGUGAUGGUGAUGAUGAUGAUGGGUCUGAAGACACAGAUCCUCCUACUACUAUUACUCAACCACCCACGGUUCCAUGGCAUUCUUCAACUGAUGGCAUCAGAGCUUCAGCAACAGAACCAGAACUAAUGCAUUUUCCAACAUCAACCUUGUCUCCCAGCAUUGCUGGCAAUCGGGGUAUCAGCAUUGCUAGUGCUGUGGGUGGGGCUCUCUUUCUGAUAGUUGUAAGUGUUUGGGUUGGAGUUUUCUGCUAUAGGAGAAUACGGAAACGCCAUCGUUACUACUUUGUUAGGACCCGCAAUAUACCAUUAGAUAUGGAUGAAGAGUCUCAAAUAGCUGUUUUCCAACCAAAUGAUGUAGACUCUUCUCCUGACAUUAUAAAAGAAGUAAUAGACAUUUCACUGGAAGUUUUAACAUCAAACAGUGAUUUAGAAGACCCAGACAAACCAGAUGAAACACUUUAGACAAUACUAACAGAUCACAAAAACAGUAUGAAAGACCAAUGGAUUAUUAUGAAGGAGGAACACUGGGAAGGAAGUACAUGGGUGGGGACAUAUAGAUGGCUCAGUAAUAUCCCGGAGGGAGUGGUGUGUUUAGUAACCACUGUUACAGUUCCAUUCAUUAGUUGAUCACUUUCAGGUUGUUCAUAUUUUUACAUGAGUAAAAACAAGCUUUUUGAAGUUGAUUUUCAAGCUUUUGCUGUUGUAAAAAUUUGGGUUAAAUGUAUCUGAGCUGCUUUAUGAUUUUUAUUGAUAUGAUAUUAUUGGACUUUUGAUGCAUAAUGCUUUAUUCGUCUACUGCACACGUAAGAACCAAGUGCUAAAUUAAAGUUACCAUAGGACAAUGUUAGAGUUAAUAAGCAGCUGUCUUGGCUUUGCAAUUUAAAAACAAACAGUUUACCUGAGACUAUGGUCAAGUAUAAUCUUUGUUAAGCACGUGGCUUUUUUAUGUAUAUAUACACACACAUUUUAGACAAAAAACGAGUGCAUUAGUCUCAAAGCUGAAGGUAAAUUCAAUUCUUAAAAGUAAGUUUUACUAUAAAAAAUGGAUUUGCUUAAAUCUGUUUUUUUUCCAAAGGUAUAUUUUACUUUUCUACACACAAAUGAAUACCUCUUUGUUUUAAUGAGCCUUUCUGCAAUGCAUAGUUAGUGGUAACUUUUUAAAAAGAAAACAUGUUGCAUUGAAAAAGUUAGAAUUCUCAAUGAAGGCGUUUUAGAGGCAUAACAAUGAA